GGCAGUCUGCCCUGCUAGCAGUCGAAGCCCUAAACAGAGGCGAAAGACCCCGGUGCCGCCAACCCUGGAAGCCGCCUGAUGUCCCCGCCCCAGAGAGGCUGCACUGAGAGGACGCCCGGGCGCACGCUUCGGUCCCCUUGUGUCUCUCGGUUCCUCUUUCCUCCCAAGUAAGGGAAUAAGCAGCUAGGAGGGAGCGCCCCCGGGAAGCGCGCACCCAAGUGUUGCAUGGUGAGGAAUUGCCAGGAUUCGGGAUUGGCCUGGGCUACAGCAUGACGAUGUUGCCCGAGGAGUAGCAGAAGUCUUUGUCAGCUGCCAAGAGCAAUCCACCACUGUCAUCAACACUUGAGUGCCCAGAAGUCUUCCGAAGGCCUGAUCUACCGCCUAUCUGCAAUGAGCCAGGCCCUGAGCUGGGCCUCGGCUUCUCCCUGGUGAACAGAACUCCACCUGUGGCCUCGGGCAAUCACGCUUAGCUGAAAGAUGAGUGAAGGACGAUGGGUCUCUCUCUCCUCAGAAGAAUUUGACCAACUCCAGAAAUACGCUGAAUAUUCCUCCAAGAAAAUAAAAGAUGUGCUGACUGAAUUUAAUGAAGGUGGAAGCCUCAAGCAAUGCGACACACACAAGCCCAUUAGCUAUGAUGUCUUCAAGCUGUUCAUGAGGGCAUACCUGGAAGUGGACCUUCCUCUGCCACUGAGUACACACCUCUUCCUGGCCUUCAGCCAGAAGCCCAGACAGGAGACACCUGACCACCCAAAGGAGGGGGCCAGCAGUAGUGAGCCCAAUGUAUCAGAUUGUAAUGCAGAUAACGCUGCCAAAGCAGAUGAGGCCUGCGCUCCUGACACUGCACUGCCCAGCUGGACGUCAACAGGUACUGCAGAGACAGUGGGUGAUGGCCGAGUAGGCAGGUGCAGCCUGCUCUCGGUGAAGGAUCACCAGGGCGGGCGCUGGAUGAGAGCGGAUGACUGGAGGAUUGGGAGUUUCCUGUGUGGGAGCAUGAGAAGGAAGGAUGCUAAUGGGAUCAUCGGUGUCUAG